CUCAUUAUCUCUUCGAUCGCUUUCGUUAUUAAUCUACAUAUUAUUAUUAUUGUCACAAAAGUAAUGAUGAAAAAUGCAGGCAAAAAACUAAUUUAUUUUUUAGUUAAAGAAGAUCAUUAAGGAUUAAUAAAUAACCUGUUAAUAGGAUAAAAAAAAUGGAUUUAUGUAGUCAAAAAAAGGAUUUUAAACAAAACAACCCUCCAGGAGAAGUAAAUAGACCGGACAAUUGCCCCAGUGCUAACAAAAAUGAGGUUGCAUUGACAAGAUCAUCAACCGAAGAUUUUACAAAUAAAAAUAAGUACAUUGUGGAGUUUGUUGAGGAAACCAUCAAAUAUAAAAAUAAAGUAAAAACUUGUAACAUAGACCUUUAUUGUGACCUGUGUGAAAUAGGUGCUCUUGAAGUUGCUUUGGAAGGGCUUGAUGGAAUUACUAUUGAAGGUUUAUGGACUAGAAUUGUUAAUGCAUUAGAAGAUACAUAUAUCAGUGAUAAACUAAAGAACUAUGUAUGGGAAAAUAUCAGAUACAGAAAAGAAAUUGACUUUUAUGAGUUAGAAAAUCCUAGACCAAAUUUAUUUGUACAUGAUCGUUAUCAAAAUAUAGAUGAUGAGUUGGGAUUGGUUUUAGAUGUUAAAGUUCCUGACAUUUAUGAAUAUUCUCCAGUUAAUGAUAAACAGAAUGGGAUAGUUGGUUCAUGUAAAGAUUAUUAUUCAAGAAAACUAGUUUCAAAUGAAGUUAGAGAGCUAAACUGGUAUGAACUGAUGGAAAAAUAUGGAAAUAAACUUGUUAUUGUUGCCUCACAAAAUCUGAGAAAACAUUCCCUUUUUAAUGAUCUCUGUGAUCCUUUAGUAGAACUUAUGGAUAGUCAGUAUUGUGUUUUGGAAAGAAUUGGUCGUUCAAGAAAGCAGGGUGAAGUAACACAAGGAAAAAUGUCACUCCAAUGUAUAGCAAAAGAUCCUAAAACGUUAUUUUAUUAUCGCAAAUUAUUGGAAGAAAAGCUUUUAAUUACCAAACAAACUUUUAUGAUGAAAAGUAACAAUUCAAAUAUGAAUGGAAACGUUUUACAUUUACUCAAGUUUUAUAAUGAAAGAAAACCAAAAGCACAAGUACUUACAGAAAAAAUUGUAAAUAUUUUGAAAGAAAAGCCCCAUUAUCGAAUGGAUUAUGUGGAACUCAGAAAAUUAUUUUCAAAUAAUGAAGAAAUUUCCAAGCUUUUAAAAUUACCAAUCUUUCAAAAAUUUGUAAGGACUGAUGUGCCAUUACGAUAUAGAGAUUUUUAUCCUGAUGCACCCAAAUAUGAGUGGAAAUUGAAAAAGAAAGAUAAGGAAAAAACUGUUAGAGCAAUAGAACUUAUCGACCCUCAGUUAAAUGUAGCAAGUUGCUGGAAUGAAGAAAAUGUCUCAGACUUGUCUUCAGACGAUGAAGCUCUAAGCGAAAUUUCGUUAACCGACUCUACAUUAACGCAAGUUUUUAAAAUUGUAUUUGAUUCCGAUUCAAAAGGCAUAACUAUGAAAGAUAUACAACGUUUAACGAAUCUUGAUUUUUAUUCUGUGAGAGCCAUUGUCAGAAUAUUGGUUAAAAGGAAAGCAGUUCAAUCGUUUAAAAUCGAUAGAGAAAAACAACGAAUCGUUAAGUGAGUCAUCUUGUUAA